AUGGAAACUCUCUCGACAAAAAUCACUCAUCAUGAGAUUUAUGAUCAUAUUGAUUUUGACAAAAUUGUAGAAAUCAAUAGUGGUGGUUCAGGAGUUAUUUAUAAAUCUGAGUGUAAAUGUUGCAAAAUCACGAAAGCACUUAAGUGCCUAAGGGAUGGUACACAAGAUCAAAACUUUAACAGAGAG